AUGGCUGAUACUUUAUGGUAUUCUGAUUCAGGAACUAAUUGGCAGCCAAAGGGUGUAGAGAUAAGCCAUACUUUGAUCAUUCAGUCCCUUGCAAAAAUUGCCAUGAAAAUGACUACGGGCACCUCUGUGCCAUAUCGGAGGGAUCUCCUCAUGCAUGGCUAUCCUGGUGGCCGGAGGUUGCCAUGUCCUGCUACUGAAUUUGACGCCAAAUCAGCCUUUGACGCCAUCAAGGAUCAAGGAGUGACUUCUUUCAUCACUGUCCCUGUGAUCAUGGCUGGCCUACUGUCCUAUGAUAGAGCAGGAGGGAGAUCGGUGCUGGCAGGAGACCACAUCGUGAAGAGGCCAUGUGGGCAGUGGGCAGAGGCAUUGUGA